CAUGAAUGGAAGUACUGCUACAUGUAGUCAUGUGAUGAGCUUUUGGGGGCAUGUCACUAUCACACUUGACCAUGGAGCAUGGUGAUGUAAUCGACAUUGAUGACCUCCUCGGGGAGUCAUCUCCAGAGCAGUCAUCCCUUCCCUUAGAAGAGUACAACCUUGAUGACUUCUUAGACACUGCUCUACAUGAAGGGGACAAUGGAAAGUCUGGCAAACAAUAUUCAGGCAAGUCCCGGCUCCAUGCUCACAAAAGCAAAAGAAAUCGAUCUGGACAAAGUGGCACAGAGGAAGGAAAGUUACCUCAAUACCAGCAGGAUGAUGCUACCGAGGUGUUCCUAGAGUCUCUUCUGAGUACCAUCAAGCCAUGUGGUGACAAGAAUGACGUCACCUUAGACAUCAACUCAGACGAGCUGAGGAAAUUCAUUGCUGAAUAUCAGGUACAUGAUGGAGAGUUGGUCACCAUACAGUUGGAUGGGGCAAGGCGGCCAACAGAAGACGGGGCCUCACUUAGUUCAAGCGCUUCAGAGUCACUGGACAGUUCACUCUCCGGAGAAGGAGUUGGCGGGUCGAAGGUCAAGCAGAAUAAGAAGAUGAUGAGAGGAAUGAGGCUUCUGGUUGCCAACCUCCUCCGAAGCAAGACAACGGCCAUGGCCAGCCCGACACUGGGGAGUGAAGACGAAAGACAGAAGGAGAUACGUCGGCAGAAGCUCAAGGAUAAAAGCAAGCGGAGGGAAGAGAAAGCCUUUAUGAAUCAUAGUAGUGAUGGACAGUCAUCUCAGAGUGAUGUCUCGAUAAAUCACACCACACCUGCUGUAUUGAAAAAUCCCACCAAAAUAGAUGCUACUACUGCUGUGUGUAAUGCAGGUGGAGUGAAUCCAAGGAAUAGCCAAUGUACUGACAGACAUGAAGCGUAUGCAUCAAGAACAAGUGAAGAAGUAGCCAAGGUCUUUACAUUUGCAGUUGAAGAGGACAAAUCGAGUUUGGAACACUAUCUUAGAAGCAACCCUAGCAUCAGGGACUCACGGGAUUGUCAUGGUAACAUGCUCCUGCAUGUCCUGUGUCGUCAUGGCAAACUUGAGAGCUUACAGUGGCUGGCGUCUGGACUGUGUGGACAUCACGUCAGUCUGGAAAAUAAUAACUGCUUCACACCAACUGCCAUUGCUGUCAAAUAUGGCAGACUGGAUUGUGUUGAGUGGUUGAUCAAUGAAACCAAGGCCAAAGAUGAGCUUCACUCUCAAGAUAAUAGGUGGUCCUUGCUUCAUAUAGCAUCCCGUUAUGGACAGGAAUCAUGCUUGCGUUGGUUGCUCCAGUUUAUGCAAGAUACCAGCAUCGAUCUUGACUGUCUUGAUCGUCAUGGCAACUCGCCUUCCCACCUUGCUGCUCGACAUGGUCACCUGACAUGUCUACAGACUCUUGUGGAGUUCACCUGUGAUGUUACCAUGGUGAAUGGUAAGAAGCAGACUCCAUGUAGCCUAGCAACCAAGUAUAAUCACAACACUUGUGCUCAGUUCUUGGUGGUGACUGAGACGUGUGUCUCAUUGUCUGAUCAAGUCACUCAACUCAGAAGAGACCUCAGAGAGUACCACCAGGAAAAGGUAGAGCUGAAAGCAAGGCUAGAUGAUGCCAUACUAUGCAGCAAGGCCCUGGUGCGCAUGCAUCCCCGGGAUACCACCCAACGGAUAGAACAGAUCCAACUACAGUAUGUGGAUCUGACUAAUCUCUUGGUGAGAAGAAUCGAUGAAAUGCAUCAAAAGAAAGAGAAAGAAGCGGCUCACAGGGAAUCGUCAUACGCAGAGAGUGGUAAUGAACUAGGUGAUGGUGACAUAGCGUUGUGUAAGCAGCGUGCCGAAGAGCUCCAGGACUCUUGCUCCUGGCUCCUGGAGGAGGAGCAUGCUCGUCAAGCAUCCAGUCAGGAGGGGGAGCUCUCCAGGAUCCAGGAGACUCUGCACAAACUCCAGCAGCAGCCUCAAGGGUUGCCAAGCCAUGUCGGUCAAAGGUCACAGCUAGAGGAUCAUUACAACUCAGAGCCUCUCAAAGACAUGCGGAAGCGGCUAAAUGAAGUGAGUUUACUCCGAGCUGCAAGUCCAUCUGUAAUGAACGUACCGCUCUCUGAGAAGCAAGACAGUGUUAGUUUGAGCAGCAGUUAUACGUCCCUCAGCUCUUCAUCAUCAUCCAUCUCUGUGAUGACGAAUGGUCCACUGGUACCUUCAAGGCACACACUUCAGAAACAAGUAUCAUGGGAAGAUCAACGACAUCAUAUGGGUGCGUCAAGUGAUGUGAAUGGAGGGACGAGUCACAGUGAAACUGGAAGCUCGGCCUCAAGCGUAAGAAGUAUAGAGCAGGAAGAUCUGGCAUCCAGAGUGAAAAGACACUUGAACGAUUUAAUCUCAGGGAAAAGUAAUAGUCAGACGGAUGCCAAAACUGUCAGUCUUCCCCAAAUAAUCAGUAUUAUACAAAAGAUGAAAGAGAAUAUCGAACACCAACCAACCCUUUGCCGACGGAUGGUGUGCCAGCAGCCAGGUUGAAUGGAUCUAAUACUGUGACAUCCGCCAGGA